AUGGCCGAGCCUAUUGAUGGAAGAGCCAUCCAGCAUGCAAGAGAUGAGUAUAUGCAGCACUUUUCGGAUGUAUUUGCUGAGGAAUUGGUGAAGGUGUACGAAUCCGACGGAAGUGCAACAGCAGUGGAACAGCUGACUGCUUGCAUCGAGGUUGGGGUUGCGGUGUGGGGUCAUCCCAUUGCCAUAGGGAACCCGAUUAAGUGA